AUGCGUCAAACAGGAAACAAACAGCUGAUGGACUUCGGGUUCUCUGGAUCUGACGAAAUUGAAGAGAUCAAAGAAUUGAACGAACUCGUUUGGGAAAAUAACGGCGGCGUUGAGAUUGUUAAGGCUGGAACUCUGACGGCGCUUGUUGAAAGCUUGACUCGCCAUGACAGGCUUGAGGCUUCUUUUAAUCGGAUAUUUCUCACGACAUACGAAUACUUUACAUCAACCCCGGUUCUGACUGAUCUCCUCAUCCGGCGGUUUUCCUGCCCGCCACCCGUCACUUUUAGUCCAACCCAAGCAGCAGAAUGGUCAACGCGAAGAAAACCAUUAGUUCAAGUCCGCGUGAUAAAUAUCUUGAAACAGUGGCUUGAACAUUUUUGGACCGGUCCAGAAGGUCCUGAUGAUCCAAAUUUGCUAAAGCUACAAAGUUUUGCGAACGUUGCUGUCGCAGAGACAAGUGCCGCGAAACAUCUUCUUGAGCUUGUCCAACGCCGACUUGCGGGUCUGGAACUGAAAAGAUCGCAUCCAUCUCCUCCAAAGCCACCAAAACCAAUUUUACCGCGAAAAUUGAACAAACUCGAGUUCAUCAAAAUCGACCCAAAAGAAAUCGCGCGCCAAUUAACUAUUAUGGAGGCGUGCAUGUUCAGCAAACUGCAGACAUGUGAAUUCUUACAUAAAACAUGGCAGAAGAAAGACAGUCCCGAUGCAUUUCAUCCAGCACACAAUGUUAAAGCUUUGAUUCGAUAUUUCAAUCAGCUCUCAAACUGGGUUGGUGCCCUGAUAAUUGCAGAAUCGGAACUGAAAAAGCGAACGCAGUGUAUAGGACAUCUGGUCAAUGUGGCCACUAUAUACGGCCAUAAACUAAGACAAAAGAAACAGGAAUGUUACAAUCUGCAAAAUUACUCCGCCGUGAUAUCUAUUCUAUCAGGACUGGAGAGCGCCCCAAUCUACCGGCUUGCUCGAACAUGGGCAAUGGUUACCCAACGUAGCUGCGAUGCACUUAGACCUUUACAAGCCAUGAUCUCUAGCGCACAAAACUAUAAUGCCUACCGUGAGACGAUACGGAUGGCAGUUCCUCCAUGUAUACCCUUCCUUGGUUUGUUCUUGAAGGACCUCACUUUCAUCGAAGAUGGAAAUCCAUCCGUUACGUCAGAAGGUCUCAUCAAUUUUCAUAAGUGCACCAUGCUAGCAUCAUGUGUUCACGAGAUCCAGCGUUUUCAACAAGCUUCCUAUUGUUUACAAAUUGUUCCAGAGAUACAAGACUAUCUCGUUACUCAACUGCAAUCUGCACCUGAUGUACACGAUAUGUACGAAAGAAGCUGCGUGUUAGAGCCUCUUGGUCGGGGCGAACACAGGCACAGAGAUUCUUAUACCCCGACUGGCGGUAUGACGACCUCAAUGGUUAUCGCCUGUAUGAUUCUAGACGAUUAA